AUGCUACUGAAAUCAUGCUGCGUGUACAGCCUCGGAGUGUUUUCUAUCCUGUUGUUUAUACUUGGCAUUUCUUUGGUUUUGUCCGAUGUGUUUGAACAUCUUUGGCAGUCGGUGGUUAAAACGGAAGUAGUUCUGAAAAAUGGAACAGAGGCCUUUGAGGCCUGGGAGGAUCCACCAGCACCUAUCUACAUGCAGUUUUACUUCUUCAACGUGACAAACCCACUGGAGGUACUGGAGGGGGACAGACCGGCUGUGGUGGAGAUCGGGCCUUACACUUAUCGAGAGUAUCGUCCCAUGGAACAAGUCGCUUUCCAGGAUAAUGACACUAAAGUGGCAGCUGUCAACACCAAAACCUACAUUUUCCAGCCUAACAUGUCUCGAGGUCCGGAGAGCGACCUCAUCAGAACGGUGAACAUCCCAGCCGUGACGGUGAUGGAGCGAUUCAAGGAUUCGCCUUUUGAAGCUAAUCUAAUCUCGGCCUACAUGUCGUCGUCUAAAGAGGGCCUGUUCAGCACCCACACAGUGAGAGAGCUCCUGUGGGGAUACGAGGAUGCCCUGCUCAAAGCCCUCAAACUUAUAAAACCUGAACUGGAUGACGUUUUUGGACUGUUCUAUAAGAACAAUGCUUCAAAUGAUGGAGAAUACAUGUUCUUCACAGGCCAGCAGAAUUACAAGGACUUUGCCAGAGUGGCCUCGUGGAGAGGUGAAAGCUCUUUGAACUGGUGGACUUCUGACGAGUGUAAUAUGAUCAACGGGACCAACGGCGCGUCCUUCCAUCCGAUCAUCACCAAGAAUGAGAGGCUGUACAUGUUCUCCUCAGACUUGUGCAGGUCUCUGUAUGCUCUGUAUGAGGACGACGUGAGAGUGAGGGGGGUCCACGGUUACCGAUUCGUUCCCCCCAGCGAGGUGUUUGCCAAUCAGACCGUGAACCCGGCCAACGCAGGCUUUUGUGUGCCUGCUGGUAACUGCCUCGGCUCUGGCCUGCUCAACGUCAGUGUGUGUAAACAAGGAGCUCCCAUCAUUAUGUCCUCACCACACUUCUAUCAGGCAGAUAAGAAAUUCGUCCAGGAUGUAUUUGGCAUGACGCCAAAUAAGGAGCUGCACCAGACUGCCAUUGAUAUAAAUCCGAUGACAGGGAUCAUACUCCAAGCAGCCAAACGCCUGCAGAUCAAUGUCUAUGUUGAGAAAAUUCCCUCCUUCAGUCAAACAGGAAAUGUGAGGACCGUGGUCUUUCCAGUAGUUUAUCUAAAUGAGAGCGUCGUCAUAGACGAAACGUCAGCCAAGAAGCUGCACGCCAUUGUCACCGCCAAGAAUGUCGUGGAAAACAUUCCAUUCAUGAUAAUCGGUCUGGGAGUCCUCCUCGGAGGAAUCUUCAUGUUCUUGAUGUGCCGAGAGAAAGGCCCAGAGAGCACUCCUGCCGAACGACAGCCGCUGCUCUCCUCUUAA